AUACUUUUUCUUCUUCUUUUUUUGCUUAAAGUUACCCUUGAUACUUGAAAUCAAAUUUUAUUCAAAGUUCAAAUAUUUAGACGUAUAUGAACAAAAACAAUUGAAAUUUUUUGCAGGUCCUCGAGUAAAAAUAUAACUGUAGAAUGUAAAACCCAUUACCUAUUAAUAUUUAUUAUUAAUAAAAUUAUACAUUUUAGAUGAAACUAUAUAUAACUGUUUUCCCUAUUUUUUUAUUUUAUAGCAAUCUUUUUAAAAAAAUACUGUAAUGUCAGCUUCAAAGAUAUAUAGAGGAGGAAACUAGAAUAGAAACCUACUCUGUUCUUUAUAAGAUUUUUGAAUUAAGGCCAUAUAUAACACUAAAAGGUUAAUCAUAAAAUAGUACAGAAAGAGGAAAUUUCCUAAAAUAACAUUCAUUAAACAAGAAAAAAAAAACGAAAUCACUUUAAACUAUAAUUCUUAUGCUUAAAUUCUGAUCACUAAACCCUAAACUCAAUUAUAAAAUAUGUAUUUUGUUGUAUAAUCUAUAAUUAUAUGUUCUUAAAAUAAUUUAGUUUUCUAACAUGUCUAAAUAAUCUUAUAGUUAAAAAGGAGUAUACUUGUAUUUUUACUUUUUAAUGAAUGUUAUUUUGAGAUUUUUUUUCUUUCUGUGCUAUUUUGGAACUAAAACAUAUGAGGGUAUUUCUCUAUAAUGUUUAAUUUCUUAAAUUAUUAUUUUGUUUAUUUUCUGACAAAACAUAAUGUGUCGUUAGUUACUGCAAUAUAAACAAAUUAUAAAGAAAAUACAUUUGAAAAGCAAUAAUGCCCCCUUGCUAAACCUUGUGUACACAUAUAGACAUGUGAGAUCGCUUCUUUUUUUUUUUCUGAAAAAGGAUGUGAGAUCACUUUUGACUUUUCUAUAUAAGGCAUCUCAUUUCUUCAAUUAAUACACAAAGAUCAUAUUUACCUUCAUCUUUAUACUCUUUCACGUCUUGUGUUUUUUAUAUAUCUCGUAAACCCUAGUAAGUCAUACAAGGCCAGCUAUCUUUCAUUUAAUACAUCCCAUACUAAACAGGCUCUAGUGAUGUUAAUCUUUUGUUUUUGUUAAAGGAUUUUCUAGUGAUGUUAAUCGUUAAAUUAUAUUUCAUAUAUACAUUUCAGUAUGAGAAAAUAUUUGUAUAGACAUGCAUGUAUAUAUGCAUAUUUGUUUAGGUUUAUAAUAACUUGUGUUCUACGUGUGUUUUUCCUUUCUUUCAUGGAUAUGUUUUCAACUGACUCUGAAGCUCAUAGAUUAUUGUCGUUAGGUCGUGUUGGAGUGAUCAAGAAGUACAAUAUCAACAUUUGGCGAAAAGAAAAGUACGAAUAUCAAUGGAUAAAUAUUACUCGGUACGUACGUUCUUCCCAUAUCUCAAGCAUUAAUUUUUCUCGUAUAUAUAUUUUAAAUUUAUGUAUAUUACUCAACUCCUCUCAGGCAUCGAACUUCUUCGGUAAACCCUUAGGCGGUCAUGACAGUAACAGCUCCGGUAUGAUAGACUAUACGCUCAACGGAGACCUUCAACCGCAAAAGCAACCAAUGCUACAACAGCAGCCGCAUCAACUGUCCCCUUCCGAAUUUGGAGCAACGCCUUUUUUUGAUAAAAAAAUUUUUAUAGACAUUAUGCAUUUUGCAGACUUCGGUCCGAAAUUGGCGUUGAACCGGACCAAUAACCAAGCCGUUCACGAAACCGGGUUUGAUCCGGUUUGCUUCUUGAAGUUCCCAGUCUUGAAGGAAAGGAUAGAGGACCAUAUUCGAACCCAGCAUCUCAUGUCUUCUCAUAGGACGCCUCAGGAGGGAGGUGAGUGUGGAGGAAACAUUGGCUGCGUUUUUCUUGAAGACCAAGACAAUAACUCCAGGCGACUCCGUUUUAUUAGAGGAGGAGAAAAUGAAGACAGGGACAACGAUAAUGUUACAACAAAGGAGGUGAACAGCAAGAGGAAGAGAGGUAGAACAAGCAAGACCAUCGAAGAAGUGGAAAGCCAACGUAUGACUCGUAUCAUGGUCGAAAGGAAACGUAGGAAGCAAAUGAACGAGCAUUUACGUGUCCUCAGGUCCCUCAUGCCUGGCUCCUACGUUAAAAGGGUAUGAUAUUCAUAAAUAUAUAUGUACAACUAAGACCGUCUCAAACUAUACGUUAAUAAACUGAAUGUUAUGCAUAUAAUAGGGAGACCAAGCCUCGAUCAUAGGAGGUGUCAUAGAGUUUGUAAGAGAGCUCGAGGAACUCCUACCGUGUCUGGAAUCACAAAAGCGUCGGAGAAUCUUGGAAGAAACCGGUCAUAGGCAAACAGGGGACAUGACCAGGCCAACAAAUCCUUCUUCUUGCCCCGUAACUAGGGUAGCUAACCAAACUCAACCGCUCAUAAUUACCAAAAAUAUAACCGAGCUAGAGGGCGGAGGAGGACUUCUGGAGGAGAUGACGGAAAACAAGUCAUGUUUGGCUGACGUGGAGGUUAAGCUACUAGGGUUUGAUGCCAUGAUCAAAAUACUUUCAAAAAGAAGACCAGGCCAAUUACUCAUGACUAUGGCUGCUUUGGAAGAUCUCCAUCUCUCUAUUCUUCACACUAGCAUCACUACCAUGGAACAAACCGUCCUCUACUCCUUCAUUGUCAAGGCAAGUUCCACUUGCUUACAUAUAAUACUAAUAGGAGUUUAAGUACCAAUAUACAUUACCAAUUUUGUGGCACUAAGAUACACAUUAUUUAAGGGCCUAAAAUAAAUACAUUAUAUUUGUUCAUUAACCUCUUUAUGUAGUAACUGCUAAAGGUUAACAUGAGGUCGAUGUAAACAUGUGCAGAUUACAAGUGAAACGAAGUUUACGGCGGAAGACAUAGCCAGUUCCAUUCAGCAAAUAUUUAGUUUCAUUCAUGGAUGUACUAUCAUGUAAGGAUUUACAUAUUUGUCCCUAUGUUAAUACUAUUUCGCUUAAAGAUAUUUUAAUAAUUUUAUGUUGGUGACCUUAAAACAAAAGUUGUGUUGGAUGCAUGUUGGUUGUCUUUUUGUUUUAUUUAUUUGCACAUUUUAGAUGUCAUUAUUUUAUUGUGUUAGAUUUGGUGUAGCAUCAAGACUAAAUUAAAUUUAAUGUUUGUGGCAUGUUCGCUUAAUUUGUUUUUUUUAGGUGCUAAAUGUUAAAAACAAUCUUAUUUUUUCCUAUAGAAGCAUGAAACCCAAGGUCAAAAUACGGUGGAUUAUCAUUUUGAUAUUCUUAUUGCAAUAUUAAUGGAAAUAGAAUACAUUUAGAAUCAUUAUAUGGAAAUAAUUGGUCAUACAUUAUACUACGAAAAAUAUCUUGAAAUAAUGAAAAUGUUAAAAUUGAGUAAAAGUAAGUUAGACUAAACAUACAAUUAAAAUAUGAAUCAUAAUCACGUGAUCACAUAUUGACCAUCUAGAUUUUAAUAAUCAUAUAUGUAAGCAUAAUAUAGUAAUUAUAAUUAUAUAUUUAUUAUUUUUAUCUUAUUUAUUAAAUUAAAAGUUAAUUAUACAAUCGCUUCUAUUAAAAUUUUAAAUUUCGUUUCGUAUAUAUAUAUAUGUUAUGAUUCCAAUUUUAAAAACAAUUAUAAAUGAUAAAAAUAUCUCAAAGUUAAAAACCCUACUUAACGAUCAAUUGUUUGACAAAAUUUUUUGAACUAAACCAGAUUAUUUAGCUAAUCUUAUAGUUAGACUGAUAUAAAUAUUUUACUAUGAAUAACUUAACUUGCUAAAUGUAAAAAAUUACAAAUUAGUAAUUUCUUAUAUAAUUCCAUUAUUUGGUAUGGCAAUUUAUAAUUGAUGUUUUAUAACUUAUUGGUGCUCAUAUAUUUUUUUUGUAACUUAGUGGGGCUCAUAUGUUGUUUUAUCAAAAUAUGUAAAACGUUGAAAACCCUUGUCAGAUGAUUAAAUUUUUUUAUCUCGUGUAUAUUACAAAAUAUUUGUUUAAAUGUUGGCCACUAAAAAUAGUUAAGAAGAUGAGCUAGUCCAUUUUAACUAAUAAAACAUUAAAACGAUUUGACAUGUCAAAUGAAUGGAUUAUUCAGUCUAAGUUCAUAAGCCUACAAUUAUAUAUAUCAAAUUUAAAAUUUUGACUCAAAAUGUAAAAUAUAUAUAUAUAUAUUCGCCAAUAUUACAUGUGUUCUAACAAAGAUACAAAAAGGUUAGACCUAUAUUACUACUCUUUGAUGAUUUAGUUAAACAAUUACGACAUGUCAGUAAGAAAAUAACAAAUUCAAGUUUUAUAACAAAGUGAAGCAAGGAGUGAGAAUCAGUCACAUUUAUGGGGCGUUAUUUCGUCUCGUGGGAUAGUAUUUCUCAAAUAUUGGAUUAAUUUAUCAGCAAAAAGUUGGGUCAAUAUCUGAAGUUUCAUAAAACUAGUUGGCGACUGUUCUGACUUGUAAAACCAUUUCCAAUGAGUUCUCUUAUAUGUAUAAAUAAUUGUGGGAGUUUCACAAUAAAUAAAAUUCUUAAGAAUUCUUAAAACUUUCUUUUAAUAACUCUUACUUAUAGAGUUCCACAAAAAUUAUGAAUCCCAUAAUUAUUUAUACAUAUAUAAUAUAUACAUAACACAUAUAUUAAAAACCCCAAUAGAAAGAACUUCCACUUUUACCCCCACUGAAAAUGCUCUAAGAGCCUUUUUUAAUGGGAAAUAAAUUAGCUUACAUCAAUGAAAUAUUUAAUAGUAUUCUAUUUCGAUUUUUUUGGAUGUCUUGAAAACCAUAAGCAACAUCUAUUUUCAAAAUUACCUGAUGAAAAAAGUGUGAUUCUAACAAUGAUAAAUCGAAAUGUUGAACCAAGGUCAGCACAUUGACUGAACCGGUCAUGAUCUCUUCAUCUUGCACGGAAUGAACCAAAUCUCCAACUGAUUCCACAAGGGCUUUAGUCUUCGAUCUGGUCUAUGUCCAGACCGAGAAUAAGAGUGUAUCAUCAACUUGUUUGAUAUCUACUUCAUGGGCUGAAAAUACUUGGUUUCGACCAUCUCAAAUUGGCCUCGUUCAAAACCAAAUCCGACAUGUUCCUCAUGCCCAUUUGGUUGAUGAAAAUCCUUCCUCCAUUCCAAGCUCCUUCAUCGACCAACCCAGCUCGUAUUGCUGGUCGCAAGCUGGCUCAUAUUCCUGGCAGAUGAGAUAUUUUAGGAAUUCCUAGGCUUCCU